UAUGAGGUCUGAUUUAGAUACAACCCGAUACAAGCAUGUGAUGGCAACAGCUAUUGUACUCUCAGAAACGUGACAAGGCAAAGGCCAUAAAACUGCCCUGCAUGUCUUUUAUAAGAAGCACUGAGAGAAACGCAGGCGAAGAGUCAAUACAGACCAACAAGAUCAACAUUGAAAGCAAUUCUUUGGGGAUUUUUGACAAGAUGAGAAAAUUACUCUUUCUGGUUCUCACCAUAACAGCUUCUGUAGCUUUUGCCAGUCCACCAGUUCAGGAUGAGAAGCCUCCUGAUCAAGUGGUGAAAGUGCCAGUGGUUAAAAAAGAACCGACAGUAGAGCUCACAGAAGAAGAAACAGAUCCUCUGAUGGAGGAUGAAGCUGAUGUAGAUUCACGUAUGGUGGAGCCUGAUUCAGUACCAGAAGAGACACAAGUGAUGAUGGAGGAACCUGUGCUAGAUGCUGAUUACCUGACUGAAGAGACGCCAGAGACUGAACAAGAGCCUGAGCCAGAAAUAACUGCCAUUCAGACGAACAGAAACAGCGUGUCUGUGGAGGAAGCUGUGCCAGAGUUAGAGUCUGGAACUAAUAGAACUAAUGAAAAUGAAACAAAUGCAGAAAUACAAAUGGAACCUGGGAGAGGAAGUCGAAGGGUGAAAACUGGGAGGUGGGCUUGUAGAGGAGUUGUCCUACAGGGCAAAUGUUACCUGUACUUCAGAAUAAACCUUGAUUUCGAUAGUGCUGAGUAUCAAUGUCAAUCCAUCUGCUAUAACGGCCACCUGGCCUCUGUGACAGGCAGGUUCAUUCUUAACGAAAUAGGGCGGCUAAUGGAUUGGAACGGCGGCCGCACUCGUGCAUGGCUUGGAGGACGGAGAAUCAUUGGUACAAAUAUAUUCCGAUGGUUGGAUGGAACAUGGUGGAGCUAUAAUGGCUGGAAUUUUGGAGAGCCCAAUAAUCUUGGUGGGAUGAAGAACUGUGUAGAGAUGUUGUAUAAUCAGGCGUUCAGUGCUGCACCAUGCACAACACCCAAACCAUUCAUCUGUUCCUGUCCACUUUAGAGAGCCAGAAGGUUAACCUAACCUGCAACACAGUAACCUAUGUACAGUAACUAUUUAAAAAGUGUAAAUAAUAAUUAUUAUUAUUGCAAUUUUGAAAGAUGAAUAUAUAAGGGUUAUCA